AUGCCCAGCGCCAACGCCAGCCGCAGGAGUCAGGAGAAGCCGCGGGAGAUCAUGGACGCGGCGGAAGAUUAUGCAAAAGAAAGAUACGGAGUAUCUUCAAUGAUACAAUCACAAGAAAAACCAGAUCGAGUUUUGGUUCGAAUUAGUGAUUUGACAGUACAAAAAGCUGGUGAAGUUGUUUGGGUACGUGCAAGGGUUCAUACAAGCAGAGCUAAAGGAAAGCAGUGUUUCUUAGUCCUACGACAGCAGCAGUUUAAUGUCCAGGCUCUUGUGGCGGUAGGAGACCAUGCAAGCAAGCAGAUGGUUAAAUUUGCUGCCAACAUCAACAAAGAGAGCAUCGUCGAUGUGGAAGGCGUUGUGAGAAACGUGAAUCAGAAAAUUGGAAGCUGUACACAACAAGAUGUAGAGUUACAUGUUCAAAAGAUUUAUGUGAUCAGUUCAGCUGAACCCCGCCUGCCCCUGCAGCUGGACGAUGCUGUUCGGCCUGAAGUAGAAGGAGAAGAGGAAGGAAGAGCUACUGUUAACCAGGAUACGAGAUUAGACAACAGAGUCAUUGAUCUUAGGACAUCAACUAGUCAGGCAGUCUUCCGUCUCCAGUCUGGCAUCUGCCAUCUUUUCCGAGAAACUUUAACUAACAAGGGUUUUGUGGAGAUACAAACUCCUAAAAUUAUCUCAGCUGCCAGUGAAGGAGGAGCCAAUGUAUUUACUGUGUCAUAUUUUAAAAAUAAUGCAUACCUGGCUCAGUCUCCACAGCUGUACAAGCAAAUGUGUAUUUGUGCUGAUUUUGAGAAGGUUUUCUGUAUUGGGCCAGUAUUCAGAGCUGAAGACUCUAAUACACACAGACAUCUGACUGAAUUUGUUGGCUUGGAUAUUGAAAUGGCUUUUAAUUACCAUUACCAUGAAGUUGUGGAAGAAAUUGCCGACACUUUAGUGCAGAUAUUCAAAGGACUUCAGAAAAGGUUUCAAACUGAAAUUCAGACGGUGAAUAAACAAUUCCCAUGUGAGCCAUUCAAAUUUUUGGAGCCAACUUUAAGAUUAGAAUAUUGUGAAGCAUUGGCUAUGCUUAGGGAAGCUGGAAUUGAAAUGGGAGAUGAAGAAGAUCUAAGUACACCCAAUGAAAAACUGUUGGGUCGUUUGGUAAAGGAGAAGUAUGAUACCGAUUUUUAUAUUCUUGAUAAAUAUCCAUUGGCUGUAAGACCUUUCUAUACCAUGCCUGACCCACGAAAUCCUAAACAAUCCAACUCUUAUGAUAUGUUCAUGAGAGGAGAAGAAAUACUGUCAGGAGCUCAAAGAAUACAUGACCCUCAGCUGCUAACAGAGAGAGCCUUACAUCAUGGAAUUGAUUUGGAGAAAAUUAAGGCAUACAUUGAUUCCUUCCGCUUUGGAGCCCCUCCUCAUGCUGGUGGAGGCAUUGGGUUGGAACGAGUGACUAUGCUGUUUUUGGGCUUGCACAAUGUUCGUCAAACCUCAAUGUUUCCCCGUGAUCCCAAAAGACUUACUCCUUAA